CCAAAUUACUUAGAUGUACAUGGGAGAGACAUGGACCUGUGCUUGGAUGACGGUGGCCGUCCUUUGCCUAUCGGGAACUUGGAGGUGAAUGUACACGGGCAAGGCAGCGACAUAUGGAGCCCACAUGAUGACGACCGUGCAGACGAGGCUGAAAUGCAGGAGGGGAAUGCCGGGGAAGGCAGCGACAAACGGAGCCCACACGACGACGACCAUGCAGACGAGGGUGAAAUACAUGAGGUGAACGACGGGGAAGGCGGAGAUGAACAUAGCCCACAGGACGAUGACCGUGUGGAGGAGGGUGUUAUGCAGGAGAUGAACGAUCCAGGAGAGACCGUCCCCAUCCUCCCGAGCGACGAGAACGAGGAAGGCCCAUCGACCCAUGACGUCACGGAGGUGGACGACUUGCCGGCACAAGUGACCAUACUAGAGAAGGGAGGCAAUGUGUGCAGUACUAACAGGCGGCGAUCGACUCGUGUUCGACGUCCUGCACCACCUACCCGUACUUCAUACAUGAGGAAAAGGGUAAAGAGAGUAAAGAAAUAAGUGAGUUCAAGUGGUUUGGUAAGGUCUCAUGUAGCAGUAGAUACGUUGUUCGUAACAAAGACAUGUUUUUAAUUUGGUUUGUUUUAUGGACGGAUACGCUUGCUCAACCAUAUGCUACACGUUAAACUGUCUUAUGUACAGUACAUAUUGUAUUGCAAUAAUAGAUGUUUAGUGCAAGCAUGGGAUGGUAUUGUCCGUAAAUUUUGUGUGUAUGCGUUGACGACAUAA